AUGCCAUCUGAACCACUCGAUUUCGAUAUCUGGUUCGAGGAUGAUGAAUACAUUGGCACGGAGGUCGGUUUUCCCUGCGGUUCGUUCUGGAAGUUGGAAACCAAAAUACAUGAGCACGCAUAUCAACAUACUCAGUACGACUGGGAGAGAGAGUAUACGCCUUACCUCAGAGGCGCGUGGAGUGUUCACUUCCUCUAA